AUGUCAACACACUCAAAUCACCCAUUCCAUUUAGUAGAUUAUAGCCCAUGACCUUUAACAGGAGCUAUCGGAGCUAUAACAUCAGUAUCAGGUUUAGUUAAAUGAUUCCACCAAUACGACAUUUCGCUAUUUCUAUUAGGAAAUGUAAUUACUAUCCUAACAGUCUAUCAAUGAUGACGAGACGUCUCACGAGAAGGAACAUUUCAAGGAUUACAUACCCUACCAGUUACAUUAGGCCUUCGAUGAGGAAUAAUUUUAUUUAUUUUAUCAGAAGUCUUAUUCUUUGUAUCCUUCUUUUGAGCAUUUUUCCAUAGCAGACUAUCACCUGCCAUCGAAUUAGGUGCUUCAUGACCCCCUGCUGGUAUUCAACCAUUCAAUCCAUUCCAAAUUCCUUUGUUAAAUACAGCAAUUCUUUUAUCAUCUGGAGUUACAGUAACUUGAGCUCAUCAUAGAUUAAUAGAGGGUAAUCAUUCUCAAGCCACACAAGGAUUAUUUUUUACAGUUUUAUUAGGGGUUUACUUCACUAUCCUACAAGCCUAUGAAUAUAUCGAAGCACCUUUUACUAUUGCAGAUUCAGUUUACGGUUCUACAUUCUUUAUAGCAACAGGCUUCCAUGGAAUUCACGUAUUAAUUGGGACAACUUUCCUUUUAGUCUGUUUAAUCCGACAUUUAAAUAAUCAUUUUUCUAAAACUCAUCAUUUCGGGUUUGAAGCAGCCGCAUGAUACUGACAUUUCGUUGAUAUUGUAUGAUUAUUCCUCUAUAUCUCAAUUUAUUGAUGAGGAGGUUAA